GAAAUUUGUCGUUGUACGUGGACACAUUCAAGCACAAGGCAUGGCUUUGAAGAAGAGGAAAAUUCCCAAGUCGGAAGCGGAGCAAUUGUACAUGCUCGAGAUUCUCGUGGAACGCGUGGAUUUAUGUCCGGGGAGAAAUGCCGAUGACGCCGCAGAACACGAUUGUCUGAUGGUGCGCGUAGAAUUCAUCGAUCUCACGCCUGUCGAUAUCAUCGCUGAAGAAUUCAUCAAGGUUGCCGGAGAUGAAAGAUGUAAGAAGAAAGAAAGUCGCUUGCUCGAUGAACGCGCCAACCAGUCGGGUAAGUCGUGCUUGUUCACCCGUGCGCCGAGCAAUUUAAUACGAUCUAUAAAAUCGACUCCUCUGAGUGUCGAAGUGUAUCGAAUUCCGCGCUCACUGACGGAGGAGCGUAACUCGCGCGACGACUUUCGGAUUCUUCUUUGCGCGGCAACGGCAUUUCUGCCGGAAUGUUUCUGCGAUCGAGUGGUCGAGGCCAAAGCCAAAAGAGACGGCCUACCGGAACCGUACACACUGAAGAGAACCUACACAUUGGCCGAUGAGCGAGGCGCUGCCUGCGGAUCCGCGUCGAUCUACUGGAGGCUGUCGUGCUUCGGAAGUUCGAUUAUCGAGCACUUGGCGCUCCGCGAGAAGUCAUUCAUACUUGAAGGUUUUUCUUUCAGUGAGAAAUUUCGCUGCGCGACACAGUCCGACGAAAACGCGAGGGACGAGAUGAGUAGAAUGAGAUACGACGACGGCACGUUCCCGCCGAACGAGAUUCUAGGAACUGCGUAUUUGAGACGACGCGACCAAGCGGAUGCGAGUCCCGUGUUAACGAGACCGCAGUCACCGCCGCGUGUGUCGAUAGACCAACCGGGAUUCGAGAAGCUGACGAGUGCCGAGAAGCUCAACGAUCGCAGAUACCGCGCUUUGGUUUACGCAGCUUAUUCCGACGAGCCUACUUGCUCGUGUCCACCGACGAACCGCUCGACGCACCCUCUCGUGUGUCGUUCCGGAUGCCUUCGUCCUUGCUGCAUGGCCCUGCGAAAUCCCGACAUUCUUCGGAAUAACGUAUCAUCGUUCGCUAUACCCGCCAACCGUGUUAGCGAGCCGUAUUUGAAGUCGAGCGAAAACGACACAAGUCGCCCCGACGAUCCUAACAGGAUGAAAGCCGGCGGGGACAAGGAAGAUAUCCGCUCGAAACACGUCGAGUUACUGUGGAACGACGAGUACAUGUGGCGUAAGGAUAAUAUCAACCUGAGGCAUCGCUUGAUGGGCGGAAGCGAGUACGCUUAUGCACCUUCUGAAACUACCACUACUACCGUUUUGUACGAGAAGAACAAGGAAAUGGGCGCGAUAUACCGACCUCGUCCGAAAUCUGCGGACGGGGUUAUGAUGGGAUGCACUUGCCCGGGGAAAGACGCGUUGUCUGGGAGAACGGGUUCAGUCAAGUGCACGAGGAAAUCGUGCGUGGGUGCGGAUUGCAUGAUACGAGCCUUCAAGGAGGCCCAGGACUUUGUCGAUUCCAUCGGCAAGAUGCCAGGAUUAGCGGGUCUCGGCUUAAUGGACCCAUCCGAGAGCCCUUACUUCGGUCGAGACGCAGUCGGCGUCCAAAAGACGCCGAAGCGAUCUCCCGUCUAUCCCGUGGCGAUAACGACAACGUCGCCGAAUCUACUGCAACGCACUGCUCCUUGCAACACUAGAGCCGCUCUCGGUGCUGCCCCCGCGGUAUCCUACGCCCCCGUCGCCGCGACACUCGCGAUGCCGGGACGCUGUGGUAUCGUGCGCGAGGCGAUACCUACGUUACCGGAAGUGCCGUUACUCCCGCUCGUCGUUAGGCCGAAAAAGAAAGAGGAUAAGAAAGAGGAGAAAACGGAGAAGCAAAAAGAGGCGGACGCCGCGGCGUUCGCGCCGUCGGACAUCGAAGUCGGCCCCUGCGGUGAGCCGAAGUGUAUGUCUCGACGGAAAGUACCCGGUCGAUCAUCGCAGUUGGGAAACGUUAACAAUUCGCAGAAGGCGACGGUGCAGUCGAAACUACCGUCGAGUGUGAUCCCCGUUAAGAGUGUCGAUGGUUAUCCCCGUGAACGGGGACGACGUCCGAAAAUCAAACCAAGCCCAGGUCCUGAUGGUGAUCGCGACGUCGAGAAAAUGCCCCCCCUUAAGGUCAGCAAAAGAGUGAUGCGUUACAUUUACACGAUCGGCGAGGUUUAUCCCGGUAUCGCUUACGGACACAAGAACUGCAUAGAUCCGCGAAUGCGAGUGCCGGCGAACAUGGGCUGGUUGUGGAACACGGCCGACACGGUGGGCAAGUUAAAGCCGCGGAUCGGUUGGAAACCAGGCGCGAUCGGACGUUAUCUGUACGGGCUGCUGAAGGAGGCUAAGCUGGGCUCCCUGGAGAAGCAUGAUCGAGCGAGGUCGGUGCCCUCGCGCACCACCGUACGCCGUGGCAAAGCGUACAAACCCAUGAGCUACGCUGCGAAGCAGGCGAAGGAGGGCGAAGAAGAGACGGAGCCGCCGCCGACCCUGCAUAUUCAUCGGAAGGACGGUACUUACCACGUAACCAUGUACCCGAUCAAGGGAGAGACGACGGAUGAGACGCCGCGACUGGAGGAGCCGACGAAGCCGGUGCAGUUCAAGAUAGUGAGAAAACGGGACGACGCGUCCGUCACGUCGAGCUCUACGGCGUCGGACUUGGAAAUCGAGUUCUCGCCACCCGCGGCGGUCAACAGGUAUCGCAGGAAGCCGGACGUGGUGCAUGUGGACACUCAAGUAAGGCAGCAGGAGAUAUUAGACGCCCUCAAGCCACCCGAAACUCCCAGAGCGAAGAAGGAGAAGAAAGCAAAGAAGGAGAAUAUGGAGAAGAAAGAGAAGAGCAAGAAAAUGGAGAGGAAGGGGAGAAAAUAACGAAAUAGUCGCGAUUUCCACCAUCGCGUGUUAACUCGGCGUGAUCGCGAGAAAGAAGCGGUGAUUGCAUCAAUGAUUGAUCAUGAAAAUAAUUUACUCAGAGAAGAAAGACCGACAGUGUCGCGGUAAAUCGAUGUUACUCGAAGGCGGAAACAGAGAUACCCUACGUGUCCGUGUAUACGCGAUCUAUUUUCAAUCUCAUCCCAAUUUCCUCGCCUAAACCUCACCCGAGCCUUAUCGCGAUAGAUCAGAGUUAGUCCCGAGUUCAAAUCGAGUAUAUCAUUAUCUGUGAGAGAAAGGAUUACCUAUAUUUAAUAUCACGCUUUGUAUCGCCAGUAACACGCACAUUGACAUUCGGGAAUUAAACAUUGUCUCAAGCCAUUUAUGACUGAGUAUGCUUAGAACUAACCUUGUGCAAAAUCAGCUUGAAUAUUGUAUAUAAAGGACUCACCGAGAGCAGAAUUCAU